AUGUUUCCCCCUGGCCUGAUCCACCACCGCACGGACGGCCCCGGGCCCGGCGAGGUGCCGCGCUCCGGCGGCGCGCCCAGCCUCGUGCUCACGGCGGACCCCAAGCCCCGACUCCGGUGGACGGCCGACCUCCACGAGCGCUUCGUCGACGCCGUCGCCCAGCUCGGCGGGCCCGAGAAAGCAACACCAAAAACUAUCUUAAGGACAAUGGGUGUAAAGGGACUAACGCUUUUCCACUUGAAGAGUCAUCUUCAGAAAUACAGAAUGGGGAAACAAACUGGGAAGGAGACGCCGGAGCAAUCUAAAGAUGGGUCUUAUCUUCUUGAUGCUCAAGGUGGAAUGAGCCUGUCUCCCAGAGUUUCUACUCAAGAUGCGAAAGAAAGUCAAGAAGUUAAAGAAGCCCUGAGAGCACAGAUGGAGAUGCAACGAAGCCUGCAUGAACAAGUGGAGGUUCAGAAGCAUGUGGACAUCAGGAUGGACGCGUACACGACGUACAUCAACACCCUGCUGGAGAAGGCCUGCAAGAUCGUCUCGGAGCAGUUCGCGUCGAGCGGCUUCAGCGUCUCCGACCAGAGUCUCCCGGAGCUGUCCUCCGGCGGCGUCAUGUGCGGCACCGCCACCGACGCGCUGAGCUCCUCCGUGUUCCACCAGCUCUCCGUCAGCUCGAUCAACAUGCACAGCCCGGGGGGCAAGCCUUCUCCGUCGGGCAUGGAAGGCCAGCUGCUUCUCCAGAGGUCACCCGAGUUCAAACGCAAGUCAUCCUGCUGA